GGCCAGCCUCGAUCGUACAGAAUCUUUCCACCAAUUUGUGGCACCUUCCCUCUCAAGGACGACAUCAGCGGUGUGGAAUAGACGGCAGGCCUGGGCAAGGGGCAAUGAGACGAAGCCAAGAUGAGAGGGCAGCGUGUCUUAGGCAGGGUAGGGACUGGGUCGUUGCUGAGUCGCCGUGGUAUGUCGCCCUCGCAACUUUGAAUUGCUAAUACUUUCCUCGGUGCACCCCGUAUGCUGCGCAAGACUCGUUCCCCACGCACACGUGUUAUUUUCUACAGGGUUUUCUGCUUGUUUUUCUGCUUCUUAUGCCGGACUAUGCGUCUCGCGAGGGUGCUCGAGGCUCGUACUGCAGCUUGCCCGUGAAAGCGUGUUGGUCGCGAUUGCGAGAGUGCAUCGGUCUCGAUCGAAAGAGCGCGUCGGUCACGAUUGCAAGAACGUGUCGGUUGCGAUUGCAAGAGUGCAUAGGUCACGGCCGUGCACGCCUGCACUCUGCGUCGUCCAUGGGCCGCGUACCUUACGCCUCGGCCAAGUCACGACACCAGGGAGGCACGCGCUCGUCGUCCCUAGCGUCCACAUCCCUCGUCGUGUUCUCCGUGUCCGCGCCUGUCGCCAUUGUGUCGCUGUCGCGUGUCCUCCGGCGAACCGCGACAAAGAUGGCACUGUCGACGUGAUUGGGCGUGCAGGUCCGGCAUGGCCGUCUGGCGUCAGGGUGCAGAGGUCGCAGGGUGUACGCAGAUGGUAGAGUGUCAGGAGCUCGGGGAUGUCACCGCCCCUCCGCCCCUCCGCUCA